GGGGGGGGGUGAGAGACUAUGGCGGCCGUCAGGGAAGGGAGCUCAUCGUCUGUUCUGUCAUCUGUUCCCCUACAGAUCCUUUUCUUUUUAGAUGGAAUUUAUUAUGUAUUUUAUUUUUUAGCAGCGCUUCUAAUGAUUAUUUAUAAAAGUCAGAUUUUCACUUAUCCGUAUAACUUAUUGACUCUUGAUCUUGUAUUGCUGUUCUUUAUGGCACUUCUCGAACCUAUCCGCUUAUACUUUGGUACUAAAGGCAAUUUGAGAGAAGAGGAAGCUCCCCUUGGGAUCAGUCUCGGGAUCACUGUUGGCAGUAUACUUCUGUCAGUCUACUUUCUAGUGUGGCAAACAUAUAUCCUGAGAGCAGAUGUCAUUAUUAAUGUGGUGCUACUUGUUGCAUAUGGACUUGAAGGAAUUCUACAAAUCAUAGCAAUUGCUGCCUUUGUCAGCUAAAUCAUGUUGAUGCUUGUAUACAUGGUUUUUUUUCAACAUUUUCUUGCAAUGGAAGCAACAUUUGAACAUUACACGAAGGAGAUGUCCUGACAAUUGUGUUCCUUGUGACAAAGUUGCAUGAGACAUUGCUAAAACAGGUUCUGCUGGCCAAUUUUCAGCAUAGCGUAUUUACUGUACUGACCUGUGCUUCAAUGAAAGUUUGCGGCAAAAAAGCAAGCUCUUUUUCAAGGGGGAAAUAUCUCUUUAAAUACACAGUCCAAUGCAGGAGGAAUAUUUAUUUAUUAAUUAAACUUAUAUGCCAUCCUCUCCUUUUGUAAAGCAGCUCUGGACAGUUUACAAUUUAGAUCAUAGGUAUUAAAGUAUUAAAAUAUUAACGAUGUAUACAAACUAAAAAAACUGAUGGCAAGGACAACACAGAGGUGGCAUCUUCCCUAUAAGUCCUCCAGCCCCCUCCAACAUGGAGGCUCCCUAUCAGGACCUCAAACUAUUCCCAUCAGCUGAAACACUGACCUACAGGAUGCAGAGCAUGCUGCUUCUACCAGAUUGAGUGGGGCAGGCCAAUCCCAUUGGGAUGAGAUGGUUCCUCAGCUAACCUGAUCCCAUGCCAUGAAGGGCUUUAAAGGUGAUGACCAGCACCUUGAAUUGAUCCUGGAAGCAAACUGGCAACCAUUGCGUGUGUGUGUGUGUGUGUGUGUGUGUCACACAACACAGUAUUACGUGUGACCUAGGGUUGCUCAGAAUGGAUUGUUUUACUGCAUUCUGUACCAAUUAUAGUUUCCAAAUACUCUUCAAGGGUAACCCCAUGUAAAGCAUAUUGCAGUGAUCCAAAAGUAUAUACAUUUUUAUUCAGAGUUAAUAUCUUAAAAUUAGCUAGCCUUAGUAUCAAAAGUUUCGUGACAAGUAUAUUUUUCUUGAUAUAUCUGCACCAGGCCAACAGAUCAUAAGUUAGCCUUUCAAUUACAAUUAUAAUAUUUUCUCAUUUUGAUUUGCAAGGUGCAGCAUAAAGAGAAAAGAUUGGAUAUUACAUCAGAAUCUGCCCCAUCAUAGACAGAAGUUACACAUUAUACUAAAAUAAAGUGAUUCCUUUGCUUUUUGCUUAGUAGAAUGUGAGAUACAUUUAAAGGCCAUGUUUUAUAAUGUAGUUUAGUAUGUAAAUCCUGCUAGUAAAGACUCAAUCAGUACAUUCGUUUUUAAAAGAUAUAGUGUGCUCUUCUGACCAAUGUAUAAUCUUUCUAAACCUGCUAGCAUUCUUGUUUACAUAAUUUCCAGUUAAUCAAAAUAAAACAUUUCAAAGUUUCAUUUCAAGAAUAUUACCGUAGAUUGAGAAUUUUAUAUAUUUAUAUAUCCACUUUAUAAGCCUUAUAGACUACCUAGAAUAAUUCUUUUUCAACAUGUUUAAUCCUUCAGAAUAUCUGAAUUGUUAUUUGUUUUGAGUAUAAUUAAGGGCAUUUCUGAUUAUUUUAUCAUCCAUUCAUGUUUCUUGUAAUCCUAAGGAAAAGUAAGAUACAAAUUAAUUUCUAGGAACUAUGUAUAAUAUGAAUUGUUUUACCUUUUAUCUUUCUCUAUGUAUAUUAAUUUGCAGCAUUCCAGUUUUCUUUUGCAAAUAUUUGUUUUAUGCUUUUUCAAAAGCAUAUAGAUCUGAUGACUUAUCUCCCAAAAUUACUAUAUUUAUAUUUUUAUAUCUUUUUUUAACUAUUUCAUAGAUUCUAUAUAUGUGUUCUCUUAUUGUUCUUCUGAUAACAAUGAUAGUCGAAUGUAAAAUGUAAGUCCAUCUUGUCUGUGCUAAAUAUUAUGGAGUUCUUAUAGAUAAUGGAGCGUUGCACAAAAGGCAUAGCUAUGAUUAAUCUAGAAAAGAGAAAUGUCAUGUUUAGUGAGUCCUAUAGCUUUAAAAGCCUAGAAUUAUUUCAAAUCUGAUUGCAGACAUUUAUCAUUUUUGUAGGGCUGAUCCUGUGGAACUGCCUUGUAUCGAUGUAUUAGGACUAGAGAUAGAGAGAGGAAAGUUCAAGAUUUUGUGAAGAUUAUAAGGAGGAGAAUGCCUAACAUAUAUAAUUAUUUCUGACAUUUCAGAACAAUGCAGCAGGAAUGUUCAAUUAAUUAGAAUGAGUGCUGAUCAAAUCAGAAUGAGCCAAACUUUGGAAACAAGUAAAAGAAGGAUGACAUAAUUUUAUAAUUACACUUACCAACCCAACAAUUGUGAUUUGUAACUCUCAGUGAAUUUUGGCAUAUGUUCAAGUACAUGUUUACAUAAAUAUUUUUUGUUAUAAUAGCAUUUACUGCCAUGGAAACAUUGACUAGAUUGCAAUUCUCAAAACACUCCCGGAAUAGGUGGAUCCAAAAUCUCCCCACUUUUUGGGGGUGGGGGUGGGGUAGAAAGAUUGCACAAAC